AUGACUUCCGGGAGCGUCAAAUCCAACCCAGAAUUCGAGCACUUUGCAUCAAUACCCUGGUGCGCCAAAGUUCUCGCCAAAUUUGACUCACCCUCACACGUCGUGCAAGUGUCUGCGAACAGGACAAUACUGCCGACGAAGGAGAACUCAUACGUCGGCGGAACCCUCAACACGCCAGACACUAUUGCCGCAUGGCUCGUUCUAUACCCCCGCCCACAGCCACCUGAUUGGAAGGUAGACGAGUUGUGCUCUCUCAUCACGUUCAAAGAUGGCACGAUUGGCUUCCCCGGGACGGCACACGGGGGAAUUGUUGCCUUGGUUCUGGACGAGGUUACGGGCAUGACUAUCGUGGCGCAAAGGCCGGAAGGGACAGAGCCAAACAAGGACUUCCGGACGGCGUAUCUAAACACUACAUUCCUCAAGCCUGUUCCCGCUCCAGGGACAGUUCUUGUGAGAUCGAGGAUCUCAAAGACUGAAGGUCGCAAAAACUUUGUCACUGCAGAAAUAGAGAAUGAAAACGGAGAGGUAUUGGCCAAAGCGGAAGUUUUGUACGUUUCGAUACGGAAUAAGCUGUGA